AUGGGGGAGUCCCGGCUCAUCGUGGAGGAGCUGCUGGCUAUGUGUCUUCAGAGGAUCACUAUGGAGGACGACGCUGUCAACACUGAGCAGGAGAUGGUUGAAGUCAUGAAAAACUUUGAGACCGUCAGGAAGCGAUGGCUCCACGCCGAGCUGGAGCUGAAGAAGUAUAAAGAGCUGCUGGUCAAGUCCGACGUGGCCAAAGCUGCUCUGGAGGUCAAACUGAAGCACGCUCGAAACCAGCUGGACGUGGAGAUGAAGAAACGCUACAAGAUCGAAGGCGACUAUCAGUACCUGCAAAGGCAGAUGCAGCUCAUGUGUGACAUCCUGGUCCAUGACAGUAAAUCCAGCGCCUGUCUGAACGACGAACAGAAAUCUCUCCUGGCUACGUUCGAACACAAAGGAGCGAAUGUGACUCUGCACAGGAGCAGCAAACCGUUGUCUGUGAUUGACGAGUCGUCUUUCCUAUCUGUCUGUCACUCUGAUAUCAGCUACGAUCGGACAGAUGAUGACGUGGAUCUGGACACAACUGUGAUUAAGCCCCUGAGAUCUCGAGCCAGAGAGAGGAGGCGCUCGUCGAUGGGACCGGCUGUGGGCGCUCCGGUUGGGAAGCGAGGCCGAAGCAGGAACAUGUCUGCGGAGCUGCUGGAGAGAAAAACCGUGGAGAAGGAGGUCGAGACGAUCGUGAAGGCAUCGGUGAUGACUCCUGAGACUGGAGGUCAGAUCCACAUGGUGGUGGGAAUCACGCAGGAGGCCCCCGAAACCCCAGCCCAGACCCUCACCCAGGAGUGUGCUGUUUCAGUUGGCGGAGGGGAUCAAACCUCAGUGUGGUUUCCCUGUGAUGAGACAGUGGCGGAGCCUGAAACCGAAGCGAAUCCGGAGGAGACUGCUGCAGUCAGAGCUGAGAAAACCCUGAAACACGUUUUCGUUUCCAAAACGGUGAUCCGGCCCGAGAUGUGCUCACCAUGCGGCAAGAGGAUCCGCUUUGGGAAGGUGGCGAUGAAGUGCAGAAACUGCCGCGUGGUCGCUCAUCCGGAGUGCAAACAGAAACUCAGUGACGGCUGCUUGGUCACCGCCACCGCAGGAAGCUCGGCUCAACAGAACUCGCUGGAAGGGUUUGCCCCAGCGAUCCAUCCCAGAGUGCCUCUGCUGGUCGUGGAGUGCGUGGCUGAGAUAGAGAGGAGGGGGCUGGAGGAGAGGGGGCUGUACAGAGUUCCUGGAGGGGAGCGCUUGGUGAAGGAGCUCAGAAAUCGAUUCAUCCAGGGGAAAACGCCGCUCACGCUCAGCAAAGUUCAUGACAUUCACUCGGUGUGUGGUCUCCUGAAAGACUUCCUGAGAAGACUGAAGGAGCCGCUCAUCACCUUCAGACUGCACAGGACCUUCAUGGAGGCUUCAGAGCUGGCCGACGAAGACAGCAGCACCGCCGUCAUGUAUCAGGCCAUAGCAGAGCUGCCGAAGGCCAACAGAGACACGCUGGCUUUCCUCAUGCUCCACCUGCACAAGGUAAUGAAGAGCCCUCAGUGUCAGAUGGACCAGAAUAAUUUGGCCCGGGUGUUUGGACCGACUAUAGUGGGACAUGGUAUGUCUGAGCCGUCUCCAACAACCAUCAUGAGGGACACAAACACUCAGCCAAAGGUUAUUUGCUGCAUGUUGUCUCUCCCUGAAGUCUACUGGAGACGUGUCCUUGCCAUCCAGACGGAUCAGAUGUCGUCCUCAUCCCCCUCCACUAUGACCUACAGCCAGGAUGGUGGACAUGGUCGGUUGUUUAAGCCGUUGACGUCUCCAGAGUUGAACAGCUACUAUAAAACUCCCAGCAGAGGAUCUGUGAGAGGCAGGAUCAGGAACCUGGGCAACGCUCUCACUUGCAAUGGUCGAGUAGAACCAGGGAGGAGGUUCUUCACGUCACCCAGCUGA